AUGGACACCAAGACGGAACACACGGCCGAACGGGAGAGAGCGCAUUCACGACAUGCGGCCGCAAGAGAGAAUAGUCAAAGGAGGAGAAGAUAUUCACGCAAGCGCUUUGCUCUGGUUCUCGGUUGCUCUCCGGCAGUGCUCUUCCAUUUCGAUGAUCCAGCAGAGUCCCUUGGCAAUCAUCAAGGAGUCCAUGUGUCUAGCAAUUCCACCACCAUAUCUACGCGGUCCCCUGGUCGAAGUUUCGCAGUCAAGCAGCGGCCAAGCAAGCUCUUGGUCAGAACGGGCGCACUCUUGAUAUUUUCUGUAGGUUUCCCGGCAAAUCAUCGAGCGCCCAACACUCUUCACCGCCAUGCAUCUCAGCACUACUCAUUCGUGCUCGGAGCUCGACACUCUUCACCGACAACCCUCCUCCAUCGACGAUUCUUGAUCGAUCCAUUGUCGACCAUGUGCGCCGACAGCCCAGCGACGAAGCUGCAAACCACUCACGUCUCCUGCUUUGCUACUCCAAGACCGCAAGCGGCCACCGAGGAACCCCCAUCACGAGAAACCUUGCCCAGCCGGACACCAGGGAGUCCCUCAUCGCAAGCAACGAACCACCAUCGGCCACACUCAGCCCACUGCCGACCAUCUGUCCGAGUCGAACCGUCUGUCAGUCCAAGUUUGCAAAAUCAAUAUUCAAAUAGAUACAGCUUGUUCCGGGGCAAAGUCGGAUGAUACAAAAGAAAGGGCGGAUAAUGUCCCAACUGUUGCGACAAUGGAAUAGGAAAGAGGAGAAAGAACUCCAUAGGAAUAGUUGGAGUUGAUUCACUGAACGGAAGAGGCUUGUUUGCCAAACCGUCUCGAUGAAAGGGGCGUCCUUAGGGAGUACCUUCGCCGAAAUACGACCAUCUGACACCCCACUCUACCUUUCAUUGCUUCAAGGUAAGUAAUUCUUCCUUUUCCUUGCAAUUUGUUUAACACUUUGAUUAUUUAAUGUUAAAUAAUGGUUGCACAUAUGUGAG